AUGUUAGACGAUACCGUUCAUGAUACCCCCUUGGAGCUCAAGGACUCCCUGAAGAAAGAGGAUGCCGAAGCAAACUAUGCCAUCGCCGGCGAGUCUUUGGAUGUGGUGUUGGAUCCAAAGAAAGAGGCAAAACUGCUCGCCAAGUUGGAUGCGGCCUUUGUACCCAUUAUCAUGUUGACCUAUCUUACUUGUUUCCUGGACAGAUCGAGUAUCGGAAAUGUCAAGGUUGCCAAUAUGCCUGAGGAUAUCAAUGCUUCCCCAGAACAGUUUUCGACCGCUGUCUCCAUCUUUUAUGUGACAUAUGUUCUUUUUGAGGCACCAUGGGCCGUCAUGAUGAAGAAAUUGACACCUCGCAACAUCCUGACAGGGCUCUGCAUCAUUUGGUCUCUGACCACCAUCUUCACCGGAUUUAUCGAGUCCGUUGGCUCCCUCUAUGCGACUCGUCUUAUCUUGGGUGCUUGCGAAGCUGGCCUAUUCCCUUGUCUCAAUCUCUACCUGACCAUGGUCUAUCGUCGAGAGGAGCAAGCCAAGCGCGUUUCCUACUUGAUGAGUUGCGCUGCCAUCUCCGGGGCUGUAGGUGGUCUCUUGGCCUACGGGCUCUUACAGAUGGACGGAAUUGGUGGCAAAGCAGGAUGGAGAUGGGUCUAUAUCAUUGAAGGCCUGUUCAGCAUCAUCUGUGGCCUCCUCAUCUGGUUCGGCUUGCCAAAUAACCCGGCCGAGGCCUACUUCCUCACCGAGGAGGAGAAAUGGAUGAUGAGGGUACGCAACGAGCAGCGUCGCAAGUACAUGGGAAGUGAAGAGUUUAGCUGGGAAGAGAUGCGCAUCGCAAUCAGAGAUCCCAAGCUUAUGUUCAGCGGUGUCAUCCAGUUCUGUCAGGAUAUUCUCUUGUAUGGAUUCAGCACCUUCCUGCCUACUAUCUUGCGUGGCAUGGGCUAUAACUCCCUGAUGAGCAAUGUUUUAACCGUCCCAGUCUACGUCUGGGCUGCGGUGAUCUUUAUUGCAAUUGCUUGGUGCUCAGACAGAUACUCCAAAUUUGCAUCGUACAUAUUCACAGCCAAUCUCUUCGGUGUUGCCGGUUACAUCAUACUUCUCACGGUAGACAAUACCGCCGUGCUAUACUUUGCCACUUUCCUCAUCGGCAUCACCACCUACACAUCCGUUGGUCUCAAUGUCGCGUGGCUGAACGUGAAUGUCGCCCCACAAUACCGCCGUGCUCUCGCGAUUGGUCUCCAGCAGACAAUCGGCAACUGUGCUGGUAUCGUUGCCGGCCAGAUAUAUCGCACAUCACCCUAUGUGUUGGGUAACUCCUUCUCCUUGGGCUCCCUUGUGGUGGCCCAAGCCACAGUAACUGCAUACGGUCUCUACUUGCGUCGAGAGAACAAGGUGAAGGAGCAAAUUAUUAGUGGUGAAAAGGAAGAGACUCGACGAGUGCAGACGGGUGAUGGAGAGCUGGAAUUCAAAUAUAUCUACUAG